AUGUCCACAUCAUUUAGUGAAAUUUCUUUUGGGCAGUCAAGAAAACUCAUUUCUAGUCAACGAAAUAACACAACAACAGAAGGAUUAACUAGACAACAGAAAUUACUAACUUUUGAAUCAAUGGUACAUCAGAAUCUUAUUGAUGAACAACGUAAUCAAGUGAGAUGGCAGUCGAAAUUAGGUGCUAAUCCAUUAUCACCAGAAGAACGUGUAAAAAUACUUGAUUCACGUGAAUUAGCAUGGAAACAAUAUUAUACAAAAUGUACACAUCCAGAAGUUUUGGAAACUUGCAAAUAUCAGCUAUCAAUACCAGCUUCACCAGCUAACUUCAAAUUGAGUAAAGAUCAUCAUAUAUUAUCUGAAUUUCGUCCAUAUCGUCCAGUGGAACCAUUCAAGAAAUCUUUCAUUACAGGAUCAGAAGUUCCUCUUGAACCAAAAUUUCAAUUAGUUGAAUUUACUAAGGCAAAAUGGUUACAUAAAUGUGAUAUGAUUGAAAAAUUUCGUUCAAUGGUAUCAAGUAUUAUUAUUAAUCGAAGAAUGAUUAAACGAUUAAAAAAAUUAAAACAAACAAUAAUUGAUGAUAAGGAAACAGUAUCAAAACAUGUAACAAACGAAAAAUAUCCAUACAAUAUUGGAAAUUCAAUUCAAUCCCUUGGGAAAUCGGAUUGUGGAACUAAAUUAUUUCAUCAUCAAGUUUGGUCAGAACGUGAUUUACUCUGUAAUCAGCAAUUGACAAAAACAAAUCAUACACCACCAGUAUCAAACAGUAGUCUAAUUCAAUCUACACAUCUACUACCGAUAACAUGUACAUAUAAUUAUAGUCAGCUAUUGAAAACAUUUACAACACCGAAACAUUAUUGGCCUUUAUUUGAUAUGCCUGUUACACUAGAUCAAUAUGAAAUGAAAUACACAGAUAAAUUUGAUUUAAAUCUUGCUACGGAUUAUGCUAAAUUAAUACCGAUGGAUAUAAAUUAUGCAGAAUUAUUACCUAUACAACAACAAAAACCACAUAAUCGAUUGUCAUCAACCUCACAGGUCAUUGGGUCUCCAAUAACUUGUAAUAAUGAAUCAAUAAGUGGCUUAAAACUUGAAUCAACAAUAACCAGUGAUACUUCUAAUCAGCCAGCGAUACGUUUACCACAAUCUAUCCAUUCGUUACCAAGAUCGAACAUGAACACUGAUAGGUGCUCAAAUGUAAGUUAUCGUAAAUUAACUGUGUUUUUAUAUCAUAAUAACAAUAAAUUUAUUUCCAUAAAAUUAAGAUGUUUCAAUUUCAGGGUAGUUGCAUAG